AUGGAUCAAGGGGAUCUUUACAGAAUAAGUUCCAGCAUGAGACGAAAUGGUUCCAAAUACUGGUGGAAUGGUGGGUUAGAAGCCUUUUCCAGCUCAUCUCGAAAUGGAAAUGAUGACGAGGAAGCCUUAAGGUGGGCUGCAAUCGAGAAGCUUCCCACUUACGAUCGUCUGACUAGAGGUAUUUUAGUGGGAUCGAGGGGUGAAACUAGUGAAGUCAAUAUAAGGAAUCUAGGACUUCAAGAACGUAAAGACUUGCUCGAUAGGUUGCUAAAAAGUGCCGAUGAGGAUAUCGAGAAGUUGUUGAAGAAGCUUAGAGAUAGGAUUGACAGGGUUGGCAUUCAGCUGCCAACAAUAGAAGUCCGAUUUGAGCAUCUAAAUAUUGGUGCUGAGGCUUACGUGGGAAGCAGAUCAUUGCCUACAUUUUUUAACUUCACUAUUAAUAUAUUUCAGGGAUUUCUGAACUAUCUUCAUUUACUUCCAAGCAAGAAGAAACAUAUUUCUAUUCUGCAAGAUGUCAGUGGAAUUAUCAAGCCUUGCAGAAUGACACUGCUGCUAGGUCCUCCAAGCUCAGGAAAGACGACACUGUUGUUGGCUUUGGCAGGAAAGUUGGAUACCUCUUUGAAGUUUUCUGGAAGUGUGUCUUACAAUGGGCACAAACUGAAUGAGUUUGUUCCCCAAAGAACAGCUGCAUACAUUAGCCAACACGAUGUUCAUAUUGGAGAAAUGACUGUGAGAGAAACUCUUGAAUUCUCGGCAAGAUGCCAGGGAAUUGGAUCUCGAUAUGAGAUGUUGUCGGAAUUAUCAAGAAGAGAAAAGAACGCGAGUAUUAAGCCUGAUACGGAUGUCGAUAUCUUCAUGAAGGCUGUUGCUACAGAAGGACAAGAAGCCAGUGUGAUAACGGAUUACAUUAUAAAGGUUUUAGGUCUCGAGGUUUGUGCAGAUACUAUGGUUGGUGAUGAACUAGUUAGAGGAAUAUCAGGGGGCCAGAGAAAACGUGUUACCACCGGUGAGAUGCUGGUGGGACCCACAAAUGCUCUUUUCAUGGAUGAGAUAUCAACAGGACUGGACAGCUCCACGACAUACCAAAUCGUGAGUUCACUAAGGCAAUAUGUCCACAUCCUCAACGGGACUGCUCUUAUAUCACUCUUGCAGCCCGCGCCUGAGACUUAUGAACUAUUUGAUGACAUCAUCCUGUUGUCUGACGGCCAAAUUGUCUAUCAAGGCCCACGAGAUAACGUGCUUGAGUUUUUCGAUUCCGUGGGAUUUAAGUGUCCCGAGAGGAAAGGAGUGGCUGACUUCUUACAAGAGGUGACAUCACAGAAAGAUCAAGAACAAUAUUGGACUCGUGCCCAUGAGCCAUAUAGAUUCGUGACAGUGAGUGAGUUUGUGGAGGCAUUUCAAUCAUUUCAUGUCGGUAAAAGUAUGAGGGGCGAACUUGCAUCUCCAUUCGACAAGUCGAAAAGCCACCAAGCUGCUUUAACAACCAUGAAAUAUGGCACUGGAAUUAAAGAGUUAAUGAAAGCUUGCUACUCGAGAGAAGUCUUGUUGAUGAAAAGAAACUCAUUCGUGUACGUGUUCAAGAUUUUGGUGAUUGUUCUAACGGCAUUGAUUACUUUGACAACCUUUCUCCGGACCAACAUGCACCGACGUAAUCUAGAAGAUGGCUACAUAUAUGUUGGCGCCCUUUUUUACACGACGACCGUCUUAAUGUUCAACGGGAUGUCUGAGGUCUCGAUGACUAUUUACAAGCUUCCAAUUUUCUAUAAACAAAGGGACUCCCUUUUUUUCCCACCGUGGGUAUAUUCUAUCCCGACAUGGCUGCUAAAGAUACCUAUUUCAUUUGUUGAAGUGGGAGUUUGGGUUUUCAUCACCUAUUAUGGUAUAGGAUACGAUCCCAGUGUUGCAAGAUUGUUCAAACAAUACUUGAUACUGUUUCUUUUAAAUCAAAUGGCGAGUGGAUUGUUCCGAGUUAUUGGAGCAGUUGGUAGGAGUUUGGUUAUUGCAAACACAUUCGGUGCCUUUGUAUUGUUCAUAUUUUUCUCAUUAGGUGGUGUUGUUUUGUCACGAGUGGACGUGAGAAAAUGGUGGAUAUGGGGUUAUUGGUCGUCACCAAUGAUGUAUGCGCAGAAUGCAAUCGUUGAGAAUGAAUUUACGGGGAAUGCCUGGAAACAUGUUGUGGGAAACACAACAGAAACAUUAGGCCAUGCAGUUCUAAGGACAAAGGGAUUUCUCACACAAGCAAACUUUUACUGGAUAGGUGUAGGGGCAUUGGUUGGAUUCAUAAUUCUAUCCAACUUAGGCUUCAUGCUAGCUCUCACUCAUCUGAACCCUUUUGGUAAUGGCCGGGCUGUUGUACAAGAAGAUAGUGACAGCAAUCAGAAGGACCACAAAACGGAAGUAAACCAGCAAAUUAAUGCCAAUCAAAAGAAGAAUAAGGGAAUGGUUCUUCCAUUCGAACCACAUUCCAUCACAUUCGAUGAAAUUGUUUAUUCGGUUGACAUGCCACAGGAAAUGAAAGAGAGAGGUUUUGUUGAGGAUAAGCUGGUCCUCCUGAAGGGUGUGAGUGGAGCUUUCAGGCCGGGUGUUUUAACUGCUUUGAUGGGAGUUAGUGGGGCCGGUAAAACGACUCUGAUGGAUGUGCUGGCCGGUCGAAAAACGGGCGGCUAUAUUGAUGGGAACAUAACAAUUUCAGGGUACCCAAAAAAGCAAGAAACUUUUGCACGUAUAUCGGGAUAUUGCGAGCAGGAUGACAUUCAUUCCCCACAUGUUACGGUGCACGAGUCUUUGCUUUUUUCAGCUUGGCUUCGGUUGUCACCAGAUGUUGAUGUUAAAACGAAAAAGAUGUUUGUUGAGGAAGUGAUGGAGCUUGUCGAGCUCACUAAUUUAAGAGGCGCACUAGUCGGUUUACCAGGGGUCGAUGGUCUCUCGACCGAGCAGAGAAAAAGGCUCACGAUAGCAGUCGAGCUCGUUGCAAACCCAUCAAUAAUAUUCAUGGACGAGCCAACUUCUGGUCUCGAUGCACGAGCUGCUGCAAUUGUGAUGAGGACAGUUAGAAAUACAGUUGACACAGGAAGAACAGUUGUUUGCACCAUACAUCAGCCUAGCAUCGACAUCUUUGAGGCUUUUGACGAGCUAUUGCUACUGAAACGAGGAGGCGAAGAGAUAUAUGUGGGGCCAUUGGGCCAUCAUUCAUGCAAUCUGAUCAAGUACUUUGAGGGAAUUCAAGGAGUUGAUAAAAUCAAAGACGGUUACAAUCCAGCAACUUGGAUGCUCGAAGUUACUGCUCAUGUCCAGGAAAUGGCCUUGGGGAUCGAUUUUGCUCAAGUGUAUAAAAAUUCCAGAUUAUACAGGAGGACCAAAGCUCUCAUCCGCGAACUAAGUACGCCAACCUCCAGAAAGCAAGAGCUAAUUUUUCCGAGCCGAUACUGCCAGCCAUUUCACAUGCAAUGCAUUGCCUGCCUAUGGAAACAGUACUGGUCCUACUGGCGCAACCCGUCUUACACUGCAGUUAGAUUCUUUUUCACAACUUUUGUCGGCCUAAUCUUCGGGAGUAUGUAUUGGGACCUCGGUUCUAAUAGGAGUGAUUUACAGGAUAUAAACAAUGGAUUGGGUUCCAUGUUUGGUUCUGUACUCUUCUUAGGGAUCGAAAAUGCGGUCUCGAUACAGCCUGUGGUGGGUGUAGAGAGGACUGUGUUUUACAGGGAAAGGGCGGCCGGGAUGUACUCGUCCAUGCCAUAUGCCAUUGCGCAGGUUGCAAUCGAGUUUCCUUACAUACUGGCACAAGCUUUGGUGUACGGCAUCAUAGUUUAUGCGAUGAUAGGAUUUGAAUGGACAGCGGCCAAAUUCUUUUGGUACAUAUUCUUCAUGUACUUCACACUCUUGUACUUCACCUUUUACGGCAUGAUGUGUUUGGCCAUGGCCCCCAACCACCACAUUGCCGCCAUUAUCUCCGGUGGUUGUACCACAUUGUGGACCCUCUUCUCCGGUUUCAUUAUCCCACGCCCUAAAAUACCAAUAUGGUGGAGAUGGUAUUAUUGGGCAACCCCAGUGUCUUGGACACUUUAUGGGUUAGCUGCAUCUCAGUAUGGAGAUGUAGAGAGCUAUAUGUUCCCGGGCGUAACAGUGAAAGAGGUCAUGAAAAGUUACUUCGGUUUUAGGCACGAUUUUCUUGGAGUUGUUGCAGCUGUUACUGUUGGCUUUGCUUUUCUCUUUAUUUUCAUGUUCGGGUUAUCAAUCAGGCUGCUCAAUUUCCAGAAGCGAUGA